AUGAUCAACGAAGCAUUACUCGUCAUCAUCGUCUCGAUUCUUCCGAUCGCCUUCUCCAUAAUCGAUGAGUCCGCGUGUCCGAUUGGAUGGCAAAUUGCCAGCGACCAGUGCAUUCGAAUCAACAUUCCGCCGGAGACGGCGAAACACGCAAAAAAGCAUUGCCAUCGUGAAGGCGGCGUACUUUUAGACGUGACUGUCAACAAUCUUCUCGAUGAUGUUAUUGAUAUUCUUCAGAAUUUGUACGAAAAAGGGCUCACUGAGCCGAUAUUUUACGUCGACGGAAUCGGACAAGCAUUGAAUCGUAGAAACGAUGGAACGUAUCACAUAAUAAAUGUGAAUCCAUCGUCCGCUUAUCCAUACAUUUGCUCAUUGGACAAAAUUUCGCGAAGAAGCUUGCUCUUCCAGCAGCUUUUGCUUCCAUCAGGAGCGCCGAGGAUCGCAGCUUCCACACCAUCAGAAAUCUACUUCCAUCCCCGACAGGACGCUGAUUAUGUCGCCCUUCCAUGUAUAGUAGAAGGGAACCCGAAGCCAACGGUGACCUGGUACAGAAACGAUAUUAAAGUGCUGAGUCCAUCAUCCUCGAAUGUCUCAUAUCUGCUGUCGGGUGGCAAUCUUUUGGUGCCUGCCAAUUCCUCAUUGGCUUACUCGACGUUCCAUUGCACCGCAAAAAACGUUUAUGGCGAAGUCAGAAGCCCAUCAAUCCUUCUGAAACCGUCAUUCCUUGACGACUUCCGAGCCCAUCGACUUGACGUCUACUCAUUGAGCACAGGCGGCGCGAAACUCAUCUGCGAUGCUCCAGCUCAUCAGCCAAAAGAUUUUGGUUGUUUUCCCUUGAGAAUUGAGAAGCUUCUUCCAUUCGCGCAUGUCGGACCCAAAACUUCAACAUUUUCGCUUUGA